GACGCCUCCACAGCAACAACGCGCGAGGAACCGCGAUGCAGCGACAGCACGGUGUCCUGCCAGCGCUGUGCGUCAUCGGGGCCACCGUCCUGGGUUGCGGUGGGUCCCUGCUCUACCCUCGCGAGUCUGAGAGUCGUGAGGUGAAACUCCUGGACGGUGUCUGGAAGUUCCGCGUCUGCACCCAGGAAGACCAGGAUGCCGGAUUUCGGGAGAAAUGGUUCGCUCGUCCGCUCGAGAAGUCCGGACGGGUGAUUCCGAUGCCCGUUCCUGCGAGUUUCAACGACAUCACCCAGAACGCGACCCUGAGGGACUACGUGGGCUGGGCCUGGUACCAGACAGAGUUCUUCGCGCCGAGCGGCUGGUUGAAUGGCGAGGGCCGCGUGUUCCUGAGGUUCGGGAGCGUCCACUACACGGCCGUGGUCUACCUCAACAACCAGCAAGUCGCCAAGCACGUGGGCGGACACCUGCCCUUCGGCGCUGAGGUGACGAAGGCCCUGCUGUACGGCGGCAAAAACAGAGUCACGGUUGCCGUGAACAACACGCUGACCGAGAGCACCAUUCCCCAGGGCUCCGUGUUCCGACCCCGGGACCCCAAGAGAUACCCUCCGGACUACUGCAAACAGAACGUGCCGUUCGACUUCUUCAACUACGCGGGCAUCCACCGGAGCGUGGCCCUGUUCACCACGCCGAAGCACUACAUCCGGGACAUCACGCUGGUGACGACGAAAGUCUCAAACAGCAGCGCCGCCGUGAACUACCAAAUCGACGCGGUGCCACCCAGUCCCGAGAUGACAUGUCUGCUCACGCUGCUGGACGACCAGGGACAGCAAGUCCUCGAGGUGGGGGAUUGCUCGGGGAACUUCACCCUAGUCAACCCCAGGCUCUGGUGGCCCCAGGGGACGCACCCGAACCCAGGAUACCAGUACACAGUCAAGGUGGAGGCCACGCUCGACGGCGUCACUGACGUCUACUACCAGAAAUUCGGGCUGCGCACUGUGCGGGCCACGAAGACGCAGCUGCUGCUCAACGAGCGUCCUCUCUACUUGACGGGCUUCGGCAAGCACGAGGACGCCGACAUCCGAGGCAAAGGCCUGGACUUGGCGCUCAUUGUGAAGGACUUCAACCUGAUUCGGUGGAUCGGGGCCAACUCUUUCCGCACGUCCCACUACCCGUACACCGAAGAGCUCAUGGACCAGGCCGACGCUCAGGGCAUCGCUGUCAUCGACGAGAGUCCCGCUGUUGCCCUAGGUUCCUUCGAUUCGGCCCUGCUGUCCGCGCACAAGGAGCGCAUGACGGAGAUGAUCCAGAGGGACAAGAACCGACCAUCGGUGAUCAUGUGGUCCGUGGCCAACGAGCCGGAGUCCGCCAAGAAGCAGGCAGACAGCUACUUCGGCGAGCUGGUGGCCCAUGUCAAGAGGCUAGACACCACCAGGCCCGUGACCGCUGCACUCAACGCACCCUACAGCAAAGAUUUGGCGGGCCAGUACAUGGACGUCAUCAUGCACAACAACUACGUGGCCUGGUACGGCGACCCUGGCUCGCUGCAAGUGAUUGAGCCGCAGACGAUCAGCGAAUAUGAGGCCAUGUAUGCCCACUACCGCAAGCCCAUCAUGAUUAGCGAGUAUGGAGCCGGUGCAGUGGCCGGGCUGCACGCCGAUCCCGCCUUUGUGUACAGCGAAGACUUCCAGGCGCAGCUGCUCUUUCACCACCACAGCGCGUUUGACAAGCUGCGCAGCAAGGGAUACUUUGUGGGAGAGCACGUCUGGAACUUUGCAGACUUCAUGACCGACCAGAAGUCUAACCGCGUCUUGGGAAACCGCAAGGGAAUCUUCACCAGGAACCGGCAGCCCAAGGCUGCGGCAAAGGUGCUCCGCUGCCGAUACCACAGGCUCUCCGGGAGAAAAAUAAUGGACUACGAUGUUUACUGUCCUCCGAGUGUUAAAUAGAUCUUUCUUGAAAAAAAAUAUCACCCGCCGUUGUAACCAAGGUAGAAAAAAAAAUUACUUUAUUGUGAAAAUAGUGAUAUGUACAGCUCUGAAUAAUAACUAAAAAAAAAAAAUGAUUCCACGCAGUACAACUUGUAGUGUGACGCCGUGUACAAGAGUUGCGGAACCGAUAUUGAGGCAGUGAAACAGAUUCUGUAUGCGAGAUUCUCUUCCCGUCUAUGCCCAAGGUAGAGGAACUCGAGACAUCAAAACAAACCCAAUCGCAAGCACCUUUGUGACGCCUUGUGUGGCUGCUGGGGAGUAAGUCCAGCAGCCAAAAACAAGGUUGUAAAAGCACCGCAAGACAUGCUAAAAGCACUUUCGUAUGAAAAGCCUCAGCCAACCCCUUUCAAUUCCACGCAUGCAACACAGAAGCACUCUGCAAGCAAAUGCCAGGUAUGUCAUAUGCACACCCAUUAACGAAGCCUUUGUAAUCGGGGCUAGUUCGCACCCUCGUCAGCAGAGAAUCACUCCAGUCUCUUGGAAUGCCCCACUUUUGAAAACCGCCCAAAGAAAUGUCUCCUUGGUGUUCCCAAAGUUUACAACAAAUGCUGUCUGCAUUAAUAAAAAAAAUUUACCCCCUU